UCCCCACAUUACAAAGACGAGAGGGAGAGAGAGAGAGAGGAAAGUAAAGAACUGGGAGGGGCUUUGGUGAAAAGCACGGACUCUCCGGACCUGUGUGGCAGAAGUGAUGGUCUCUCCGCAGGGCAAGUGAGCGACCAGACUCCUCAGCAGAGGCACGGACAGACGAGCCACAGCGUGACUCCUGGGAAAGCGCUCAUCUGUCGAACCGCCCCGCGCUCAGCGCCGCCGCUCGCAUCAUCACCGUUAUCUUUAUUUAUUUACUUUACAUCACCGGACUUUCUCGGUCUGUGGCUUUUUUGGAAAACUGCGGUUGAAGCCCUCUGAGGACACUGGCUACUGCGAGGCUGGAGGGAGUGGUUUUGGAUCCUGCUGCUGCUUCUGUGUGUGUGAGAGACCAGGACGACGGGACGCUGAAGAGCCUGACACCUGACCUCUCCUGACAGCCAGCCAGGACAGAGAGCCCGAGAGAGAGAGAGAGGCACAGACAGAGCGCGCUCCGAAACGCCGCGGAUCAACGACUCCCAAAAUGAGAGUUUUGUCGCGCUCGGUCCGCCCGACCGGCGAGUGAUUUAACGGAGGUUUGACGGAGAGCCGAAGAGGGGGAGCACACAACACUGUCCGACAGCACAACCCCAUCGGGGCCACUCCCUACAGACAGGCCCACCCAGUCCCCCUCACCCAUAUCGCCAUGGCAACCUCCAUGUCAGCUCUGCUCCUCCUGGUCCUGGUCUCUGGGGCGACGCUGUUGGUCUCCAGGGCAACGGACAGCGAGGAGGACACGUUCUCCGAACGGGACUUCCUGUACGGCGGGCGGGAGAGGCGGGCGGCUGACCCACCCCAGGCCGAGAAGUGCUCCUACACCUUCAUCGUCCCGCAGAGGAAGGUGACGGGCGCCAUAUGCGUCAACUCCAAGGAGCCCGACGCCAUCCUGGAGAACCGGGUCAGCAAGCAGGAGCUGGAGCUUCUGAACGGGGAGCUCCUGAAGCAGAAGCGGCAGAUCGAGACGCUCCAGCAGCUGGUGGAGGUGGACGGGGGCGUGGUCAACGAGGUCAAGCUCCUGCGCAAGGAGAGCCGCAACAUGAACUCGCGCGUGACGCAGCUCUACAUGCAGCUGCUGCACGAGAUCAUCCGCAAGCGGGACAACGCGCUGGAGCUGUCGCAGCUGGAGAGCCGCAUCCUCAACCACACCGCCGAGAUGCUGCAGCUCACCAACCGCUACAAGGACCUGGAGCACAAGUACCAGCACCUGGCCGCGCUGGCGGGGAACCAGACCACCGUCAUCGCCCAGCUGGAGGAGCACUGCCUGAGGAUGCCCGUCCGGCCCGCCCGGCCCGCCCGGCCCGUCCCCCAGCCGGCCCUGCCCGUCCCAGUCCUGCCCGUCCCGGUCCUGCCCGUCCCGGUCCCGCCCGUCCCGGCCAGGCCCUACCAGCCGCCCACCCUCCCCCGCCUCACCAACCAGAUCACCAACGAGAUCCAGAGCGACCAGAACCACAAGGCCCUGCCGCCGCCUCCGCUUCCCACAAUGCCCAGCGGCACGCACAGCCCCUCCACCACAGACAAGCCCUCUGGCCCCUUUAAGGACUGCCUGGAGGCGCUGGAGGAGGGCCACGGUAACAGCGGGAUGUACCUGGUGAAGCCGGAGAACACCAACCGGCUCAUGCAGGUGUGGUGCGACCAGCGCCACGACCCCGGCGGCUGGACCGUCAUCCAGAGGAGGCAGGACGGCUCCGUCAACUUCUUCCGCAACUGGGAGACGUAUAAGCAAGGGUUUGGGAACAUCGAUGGUGAGUACUGGCUUGGGCUGGAGAACUUGUACUGGCUGACCAAUCAGGGGACGUACAAGUUGCUGGUGACGAUGGAAGAUUGGUCGGGGCGCAAGGUGUUUGCCGAGUACGCCAGCUUCCGGCUGGAGUCAGAGGCCGAGUUUUACAAGCUUCGAGUGGGCCGUUACCAUGGCAAUGCUGGUGACUCUCUCACCUGGCACAACGGCAAGCAGUUCACCACACUGGACCGGGACCACGACAUGUACACAGGUAACUGCGCUCACUACCAGAAGGGAGGCUGGUGGUACAACUCCUGCGCCCACUCCAACCUGAACGGGGUGUGGUACCGCGGGGGGCACUACCGCAGCCGUUACCAGGAUGGGGUGUACUGGGCGGAGUUCAGGGGCGGGGCCUACUCCCUGAAGAAAGUCAUCAUGAUGAUCCGGCCCAACUCCAACACCUUCCACUGACCCCCAAGGACAAGGACAUGCAAACACACACACAGCACCACCUGCACAGUGACGUUCACCCGCUUUCACUGUCUGAUUCCAACAGAGACAAAAUUCCAUUCAUCCACGUGAGCUCUGUUCUGCUCCAGUGUGUGUGUGUGUGUGUGUGCGUGUGCGUGUGUGCGUGUGCGUGUGCGCGUGUGUGUGUGUGUGUAUGUAUGUGUGUGUGUGCGUGCCUGUGCAUGUGUGUAUGUAAGUGUGUGCGCAUGUGUAUAUGCGUGUGUAUGUGCGUGCAUGCAUGUAUGUGCAUGCAUGUUGAUUUUGGGCAGCAUUGAUAAAUACCCAGCUGAUUUCCUGGUGUAAAGUGCAAAGGCGGUCGCUUUGCUGGGAGACGUUUGGGAUUGAUCCCGGCGUUCCGGGCCUUUAGAAGUCCUCCCUGGUGGAUUCCCAGCGUGUUGCUCUAAGAUGAGGAUUCCCAGGAGGGAGGGGCUAUGCAAUGUCUUUAAAAGAGAGGUCUCCUUGGAUCCGCCCCGCCCAACCCUGAAGGAUGUGAACACCAUCGCCACAGAGGGACAUUGUGUAUUUUGCUUGUCUUCUCCAUUGGAUUCUGGCAAGCGAGGCGGGAACAACGGCUGACUACCAAUGAGGUGAACAAAAGCACCUGAUCGUGGUCCUAAUGAGGUGCUUCAUUUCACUUCAACAAAAGCCAGCAAAAAAAGAGAGGAUUACUGCGCUUUCAAAUCUGCAGGGCAAUAGCAUCCCUCUAGUGCUCACAGCACCAAGGACACCAGAGAGAAAACUCAUGCAGGGGACACUUCAGUCCCCUGCGAAAGAGACUCCUUUCACACCGCUAGAGAGAGCUGGGGAAAACCUACGCAGCGCGCGCAACACACCGAGUGUGUGACGCACUGUGUGUGUAAAGCUCUUCGAGUUUAACGCUCUGUGCCUAAUGCUCUCUGUGAUCAGAAACACUUGAAAAGGUGAGGGGGGAAAAUUGGGGAAUGUACGGUCUGAAAAUGUCCAAAAACAUCACAGCGCACGGCACGCGUUAGGCAGCUUGGGCUGCCUACCCAACGUUUCAUACUCCUGGCACGCACGACAAAUAAUCACAAAUGAUACAAAAUGAUACAGGAGAGUGCAGCUACUUCCAGUGGUAUAACAGUUUAUAAUCUAUCAGCAGGGAAAUGCGUCCAAGAGUGUGAGAGGCAGAAAAAUACCCAUUCAGAGAAAUCAAAAUUUAAAAAAUGAACGCAAUAGAAAAGACUACAGUGGCAAACUGACUGAACGUGAAGUGGCCAACUGACCUGGGUCAAAUUAUUUUUUUUAAAGUAUUCAUUAAGAAUAAUGAAUAGCUUGUGAUACUUCAGAGAUCACAAUAGUGGCUGGAAUGAAAACUACAGGGGUUCCUCAGGUUCCCCUAGGAACCCCUAAACCCCCCUUCAGAUUCCAGCAUUUCACACAUGAUCCAUUCUGCCCAGCUGCUUCAGACACCAGUAAAAUUACCUGAAGAUUACUAAAGAAAUUUCAUUUCACGUUUCAACAUUUUCACUACUAUCCAGAACACAAGUGUACAUUUUCAGCCAGCAGAGUGUUUCAUUGAGAAUUCUCAGGGACCUGCAGGAUUGUAUUCAGAUUUUUAAUUUUACCAGCACCUGUUAAAGAGUUAAAGCAUUUGAAAUACGACAGGUCACUAAUAUAAGCAACACUAGGAGACGAUGCGUCAGCUUAAACUGUGUACAGGCACGUCUGCUGCUUCAGCUUCGCCGGCAUGGUGCUCUUUGAUGCCUCAGCCCCAUACGAGACCACAGGAAGAACAGUCCCAGGGAGCACAGUGCACAGCUAACCACUAGCGCCCCCAACAUGCGUGACAGCUGCCAACCCGUCAGCGCUACGCAGAUCGGCGCUACAUCGGCCAACUUAACGGACACCAGAGGUGAGGCAGUCAAGAUGGAGAUCAGAUGUCAAAACGAGGCACAGUUAGUUGGUGAAUUUCCCUGCCGCUAGCAGACUGCUGUAGUGCCACGACUCGGGGGGGGGGUCUAACGGGCUGGGGGGGGGUCCUCUAAUCUAUGGGCUCUGAUUUUCAGGACAGUUCAUGGGAUACUGAACGAAAAUAUAUCAUGGUAAAUGAGCUCCACAGACUCUCAAAUAAGUCGCCCAAUGGUACAAAGGGCACUAGCACCAGUAUACAAGUCCAGCAUGUUUUAUAUAGUUUAAGUUCUUCUUAUGGUGAAAAGGGGGUAACCAACUUCAACUGUAUGCUAUAAAGCCUAAAUUACACUGUCAUAAGACCGGUAAUACCAGCAGCCAUAACCAGACGGUUAUGACAGGUGUUAUGUCUUCCUUUUGGGAGUGUUACGUAGGCUUUAUGGUGCACAGUUCAAAUAAAGUGUGACCGGGAAACAAAUGGUGUUUGAGUCAACCUGACUUUUGUACAAGUGUAAUUAUCUUCGGGCAGAAUAUCCAAAGGUGUUCAUGUAUCUCGUGUUUUUAACCGAACCCAAGGCUGGGGGUGAUACAGUGCAGGUCACAGAAAGGCAGAAACAUCUCUUUACUGUACAUAUCCGUGUCGCUACAAUAUUUUUGUAAUAUAACAAUAUCUCAUUGUACCAAGUUACCAGACUGUUUGCAAUAAAAUUGUGUACAGUUA